CCCAACAACAGUUACCCGAGCGCCGACGAGAAUGCAAGCUGCCACAUUGAAGAGGAACAAAAAGGCGACCUGACAGCGGUUUCUGGUCUCCCUCCACUUUCUCCGGGGUAGUCACGGGAUUUCAAUGUUCAGCCUGCUCUUUGGUUUCUGUGUUGAUUUGAGCCGUACCUAUAUGGCGUGUGUGAGCGGAGAAUUCUGCCAGGCUCAGCACCUUGCCUCUGUGGAGAAGUGAAUCGGCCGCUCCCUGAGGGACUACGCUACCCAGAAACCCCCCUGACUGCCAGCACACUGGGAACCCCUGAUUCUUCCAAAGGCCCCCUGGGAUAUUGCGUAGUCCUUGGCCUCUGUCCCAGCCCAAACAAGAAAUCUUUGCUUUCCACUUUCUCCUUGAACAGCCAAUCACAAACAGCUCUCCUGAAUGGGCCGUCUCGCCAACAUGAACCGCCCUGCUGCAGUCGAGAUUGCCUACGAGUGCAUGAGGUUCCUCAUCACCCACAACCCCACCAAUGCCACGCUCAACAAGUUCACUGAGGAGCUGAAAAAGUUUGAGGUGAACACGCUGGUGAGAGUUUGUGAUGCCACCUAUGAUAAAGCUCCAGUGGAGAAGGAGGGGAUUCAGGUCCUGGACUGGCCCUUCGACGAUGGCGCCCCACCUCCCACUCAGAUUGUGGAUGACUGGCUCAACCUGCUGAAGACCAAGUUCCGUGACGAACCUGGCUGCUGCAUUGCUGUGCAUUGUGUGGCGGGGCUUGGCCGAGCUCCGGUCUUGGUAGCCUUAGCUCUCAUUGAGAGUGGGAUGAAGUAUGAGGAUGCCGUGCAGUUUAUAAGGCAGAAGAGACGUGGAGCCUUCAACUCCAAACAGCUUCUUUACCUCGAGAAAUACAGACCCAAAAUGCGUCUGCGGUUCAAGGAUGCCAAUGGCCACAACUGCUGUGUGCAGUAGGCGGGCUGUCACUGCAUCUUUUUAUGCGCAACUAGCGGGGAAACUAUUCCAAGGGGAGAUAAAAAUCAAGAGAAAGCUAUCAGUAAUUAUUGUGAUGAUUUGUCAACACUGAGUCAUGGUUAAUUGAUCACAGAGAGCAAGAAAGUGAUCAAAUGAAUGAAUCCAGAUCUAGGGAUCCACCAGCUGAACUAAUGAAUGAGAAGGUCAAAGGUCAAAGCACACCGAUAGGCCCGCCUCCCGGUUACUAGUGUUCAACCACGGGCCCGAAUAUUUCGACUUGAGUCCAUCCUUUUUUCUUUUUUUUUUCUUUUUUUUUUCUUUUUCAGAUGUAAUCAUGGGGUAACUUUUUCCAUUUUGUGUAUUUUUAUUUUUACACACAAAAAAGGUGAUGAAAAAAUGUUAAAUGAUGUUAGUGAUUUUUAUUUCCAUUAAUUAUUGAUACUAUGAUUGGCCCAGGAUAAUUUACCUUUUUAAAGAAAUAUUUUUAAGCCUUCAGCACAUAUUAUGAUAGUCCAUUUUGGUAUCGGGGUAUUUUUUGCACAAAAACCCCAAAAGGAUGAAAACUGAAAAUGCAGUAAUGUCUUCUCAUGCCCCUUCACUUGCUUCAAGUCACAUUCAGUUUAGGGGUUUUCUUAGUUUUGAAUAUGUCCACAAUAUUUAUUCACUAGAUAUGAUAAGUGUGACAGCUCAGAGUUUGGCAGGGGUAAGGACACUUUGCUAUACAUUUUUUUCUAGAGCCAUGUUUUUUCCUUUUUGUUUUUUUAAUUUUCUUUUUUUUUUUUUCCUUUUUUCUUUUUUUUUUAUUAUUAUUUUUUAAUUUUAUUUUUAUUUUUGUGGAAAUCAUGCGGGAGUGCAAUAAUCAGUCCACCUCAGAAAAGCCCACCAGACCCUGCUGACCGUCCUACAUGCGCACACAGACACACGUUCUCUUUCUUGUACUCACCCAGGCAGUCGAACACAGGAAGACACUUGGUAAUCCGUACAACAGGUACUCCCCACCCCCACACAAACACAACACAUACACAAAUGCGCACACACACUCACCAAGGCUGCUUUUUCUUCUUAAUGGGUUUGCCAUAGGACUUCCCUAGACAUCACGCAUAUUAAAACACAUGUACACAGAGCCUAAGGUCCAACUGUUAACCUUAUUCUGAAGGAAAAGAGGUGGAAAAGAAAGAAAACGGUCAGUUGUUUUUUUUUUUUCUUUUUUUUCUUUUUUUUCCAUUGUACUCAUUUUGAAAACAUCCCCAAUUCAUAUUGGUUCUUUAAAGAUAAAUAAAUUGAAAUAAAAAGCA